AUGUCUUUUGUGUUCGUGCCUCGCAUUCUUUUGAAGACCAAUAUGAUUACCCGUUUAAAAACCAAGGGUUUGUUAGAAGUAGCGGAUGUAGCUGAGCUGUGGAGGAAUCGAUUGAAUGUUGAAGAGGACGCACUGUCCGCUGAUGUAUAUGUCGGGGCGUUUCACGAUAUGGGAACUGCUUUUUGCAAGAGACUAGUCAACAACUGGUACGGCACUUCCAAGAAAACAAUUCUCGGCCUGGUUGUAAUUGAUGAGUUUCAAAACUUCGAAACAGAGUUUAGCAUCCGCCCAGGAUCUUACGAAUCGAUUGGCAGGAUCAAACUUCAACUGGCAUGGAAGGUUCUGGUGCUCUCCAGCACUUUAGGGUGCCAGGGGUUUGCGACCGCUCUAGAGAGAUUAGGAUUCGAGAUGCCGUUAACUACGGAACCUUCACUGGGUGAACAAUGCUAUGUCCACGACCUGGUACACAAACUGCCGCUGGCCAAUUCUAUCAAGUGGUUUGGGGGUGUGUUUUGCCUGAGGCGUGCCUGGAGAGGGCUCAAGUACUGGUGA